GUAAAAAUUGUCGUCAAUUGUCUUAUGAUACCUAUACCGCAGUAUAGCUAUUUUUUCAGUCUCGACCAGACAUGGUUGGUGUCCUCAUUUUGGUAAUAACUUCCGCAUGGUUGGCAGUCCCUCGUGGUAGUGCUGCCUAUAGCACCGUCUUCGUAAUCACAUCCAGUACGGUGGCUUCUAGGGACGGCUCUUGUUAUUAUGUUCCCGACAUAUUUUUCUAAUAUCGCUUACCUCUUAUUCGUCCUUCGUCAACCACGGCAGCGUCUGCGCGCAUUGCAAGUUGUUCUUAUCAAAUGUCUAUAGAUUUUUUCCUAGAUAGAAAAGGCUCCAUCUCAACCUGUAUUCCCCCACAUUCACAUACUACUAUUUUCACAACAGUCACCUCAAGACACUUGAACGCUUUCCCACUCAACUCACCAACAAUAAUCAGAAAAUGCCUCCGGAACUCUUCGCCAUUAUGUCCAUAUGUAUUAUGGCCCUCACAUUCCUCCUCCUCUUCUAUUUGACGGACCCUUUUCCAGGCAUGAAGCAGGAAAUCGUAUCCCUCAAACACGACAAUAAAGCUCUGGGACAGGAAAACGAAGCUCUAAAGCACAUGAACGAAGCUCUCGAACAGGGAAAUGAAGCUCUCAGGGCUGAGAAUCAAACAGCAAUGAGUGAGCAGAUAAAGCUGCUGACUGAGAAGCUGAAUCUCAAGACCACCAACAACGCCCUCGCCGCCGAAAAAAAGGUCAUAUUGGCUGAUAUGCGGCGCCAAAUUGCUAGCAAAGACGACGAGGGCUACGACAUGCAGAUGCACAUUGAGAAUAAGGCCAGGGAGCUGCAUGAGAUGACGAUUGGUUGGGAUAUGUCGAAGGCUGCGCUCAACGCUAUGCAGAAUGAGCUCGACGAUAAGGCAGGGAAGUUGGAGGAGCACGUUGCUGCUCUGCACGACAAGGAGUUGCAGUUGGAGAGCUGGAGAACGAAUACAGCCGGUACAGUCCAUGCGCUGCAGACUCAGAUCGACGACAUCGACCAAAAGAACUGGGAUCUUUGCCGCGAAUUGGAGACCCAGAACGAUGCGAUCAAGACGAUGAAAUUCGAGCACGAUACUUCGAUGAGUAGUCUACUAGGUGUGCUAGAGAGCCGCCAACGCGACAUCGACGCCGUUCGGGAUGAUAAUACAGAGCUCCGGCACGAUAACGAUGUACUUGAGCAAGGACUCAUGGGUCUUGUCGAAGAAUGCGAGGAGCUGCAUGACUGGCAAGCUGCGCUUAUUGAGCGAACUAGAGUUGGGCAGGUGUAUGAGAUGGAGGGACUUAAUCUCCUUAGUGAGACGGGUAAUGGGGCCGAAGCUGGAUGGGCGAGUGAAGGAGAGAUGGAAGACCUUAUGAUGGGUUACAUAGAACUUCCUGAAGACGGUGAGGUCUAG